AUGAGACGGGUUCAUCACUAUAUCGCACGACAUCCCGAAGAAUUUGUAUCCAUCGUACACACCCAGUCGGCCGAUGCGCAUCCUCUGGAUUUGAAACCUUCUCCAAACGAUGCCGAAACUUGGAUCCAACUGCUAACGCUUGAUCAAGACCGGUUUUUGGAAGGCUGGGCUUCGUCUAGCCAGAACGCAUAUCAGCAACUAUUUGAGCAAUAUUUCGAUCAACCCGUUGCUAUUGCCAGAAUUGUUCAAGAUCUUCAAUCCAGUGCCAAGCAACCACUGAUAUGGUUUCCCCCUGCAUGGUUUCAGUAUCAGAAAUCAAUGGUUUCCGGACGCAAGGGACCGGUUUACCGCACCCGGUGCCAUGCACCAUGGGGAGACUGUGGUAUAACGCUACGACAAUUGCACGUACCGUUAACCAAGUGUCCUCAGGAAACCGUGGGGAUUACCGCCUUUGAGCAGCACCUCAUGCUGGUGAGCUACACUGCAACAAAUUUAGAAGAAGCCAUAGCGCAAAUGGAUCAACGCAACUUUAAAAUGAUCUAUCGUAUGGCCCUUUUGAUGGCCGGUGCCGUCCGCGACCUCCAUCGUGAAAAUCGAGUCCAUCCCAACUUGCAACCACGCAACUUUUUCUUGCAACCGAAUCGCGAAACCAUGGCACUCGUCGAUACUGACGAUCUUCCGACCACCGCAAAGGGACUGAUCUAUGGAAGAUGGCCUUACAUUGCCCCUGAACAAUGUCAGUUGGGCGGUCCCACCACUUACGAAGCCAAUAUCUACUCUUUGGGAAUCAUGCUGUGGCAACUAGUAUCGGGCGUCGUGUUUCCGAGCCACAUUCGUGCAUGCCCUCAAGUGUUUAGUCUGUGCCGGUUCAAAAAUAUUACCCCAGCUUAUGAAUCCAUCUAUCUUCGCUGCUUAUCUUCUCGUCCCGAAAUGCGUCCAUCAGCAGAAGACGUUUCCAACGAACUGGUAUCCAUUUUGAUGGACGAGUUAGCCAUCGGAAGAGUUCAGUCAAGAGCGAGCCGAUCCAUUUCCGAUGUGCGCGAACGACAAAUGGUGAUCGCCCGAUUCUUUGCUCGUUGUCGCUCCACUGUGGCCAAAGAAGCCUUGGACGACAUGGUGCGUGGGGCUCCCGCAGGGAAACGAUCCGUGAUCCUCAUGGCCGCUUCCCUCGAAAGACGUCUAUGGUUGCGCAAAUGUAAACAACGGAAACCAUCUUCGCGCUGCCCCCGAUCAAUCCCGCCACGCGCCCCUAUUCCCUAUGAAAAAUCAUGGGAAACCUUAGACUCUCAAAACAAUACCAGCAGCAGCAGCAGUCAACAUCCUUGCGGCUUUAGUCUGGGUGAUAUGAUGCAGAUCGGCUACGCAUGA